CGCCGCGGGUUCGGCAGGGAACGGCGCGGACGGGGGCGCGCACGGCGGCCCCCGGGGCCCGGACUAGCGGCUGCGGCGGGCGGGCCGGCGGGGCGGGCGCUCUGCAGGCUUCGGUGACCAGCUUUCUCACCAUGAUGUGAGACUCCAGGGCAGAGUCUUCUCCGAUGCCACUACUGCCUCAGAGCCAGAGGACGGUGGGCUGAAACUUCUAAAAGUCAAGAGCCAGAGUACCACGUACCUGUCUUACUUUAAAUCGGUUGGAAGACAACUGCAAAUUAGGACCUUGAGAAUAGGAGGGCAAGCACUGUGGAAGAAACAAAAUGAGAACUGGAAGUGGUGGCACACACCUCUAAUCCCAGAACUUUGAAAGUCAAACACAGAUUAAAGAAAUUACCUGAAGACAAAACAUUAUAUUCCUCAGAGACUGGACAAGAGCUACUCUUGCUUUUGGCAAUUAAAAAUGAUGUCAUGGAAACAGUUGAUCCUUCUUUCUCUCAUUGGCUGCCUGGGAGGUGAGCUUCUAUUGCAAGGACCCGUGUUUCUCAAAGAGCCCAGCAACAGCAUUUUCCCUGUUGAUUCUGAAGAUAAAAAAAUUACGUUAAACUGUGAAGCAAAAGGCAACCCUUCACCUCAUUACAGAUGGCAGCUGAAUGGAAGUAAUAUUGAUAUGAGUAUGGAACAUCGUUACAAGUUGAAUGGUGGAAAUCUUGUGGUUUUUAACCCCAACAGAAGUUGGGAUACUGGAAGUUACCAAUGUUUUGCAACAAAUUCACUUGGAACAGUUGUCAGCAGAGAAGCAAAACUCCAAUUUGCCUAUCUUGAAAAUUUUAAAACCAAAAUGAGAAGUACGGUGUCUGUGCGUGAAGGCCAGGGAGUCGUCCUGCUUUGUGGUCCCCCGCCCCACUCAGGUGAAUUAUCCUAUGCUUGGAUCUUCAAUGAAUAUCCAUCAUUUGUUGAAGAAGAUAGUCGGAGAUUUGUCUCUCAAGAGACAGGACACCUCUACAUAGCUAAGGUGGAGCCAUCUGAUGUGGGAAAUUAUACAUGUGUGGUUACAAGUAUGGUGACAAACGCCAGAGUCCUGGGUUCUCCAACUCCUCUGAUGCUGCGUUCUGAUGGUGUGAUGGGUGAAUAUGAACCCAAAAUAGAAGUUCAGUUUCCAGAAACUCUUCCAGCUGCUAAAGGUGCAACCGUGAAACUGGAGUGUUUUGCUCUUGGAAACCCUGUACCUCAGAUUAAUUGGAGAAGAAGUGAUGGAAUGCCAUUUCCGUCCAAAAUCAAGCUGAGAAAGUUCAAUGGUGUGCUGGAGAUCCCUGCCUUCCAGCAGGAGGAUGCUGGGUCCUAUGAAUGCAUCGCUGAGAAUUCCCGGGGAAAGAAUGUAGCCAGAGGACGCCUCACUUACUAUGCAAAGCCUCAUUGGGUUCAGUUCAUAAAAGAUAUGGAAAUGGCUGUGGAGGACAGUCUUUACUGGGAAUGUCGAGCCAGUGGGAAGCCCAAACCUUCCUACCGAUGGUUGAAAAAUGGAGAAGCCCUGGUCUUAGAGGAGAGAAUACAGAUAGAAAAUGGUGCUCUUACAAUAUCCAACCUAAAUGUGACUGAUUCUGGCAUGUUCCAGUGCAUAGCAGAAAACAAACAUGGUCUCAUCUAUUCCAGUGCUGAGCUGAAGGUUGUUGCCUCUGCUCCCGAUUUUUCAAAGAACCCCAUGAGAAACUUGAUUCGGGUGCAGGUGGGAAGCCUGGUGAACCUGGAUUGCAAACCCAGAGCUUCCCCCAGGGCACUGUGUUCCUGGAAGAAAGGAGAUGCAGUGGUGCAGGAACAUGAAAGAGUUUCUUUUCUAAAAGAUGGAGGACUGAAAAUAGCCAAUGUGACCAAAGCUGAUUCUGGAACCUACACCUGCACAGCAGAAAACCAGUUUGGAAAAGCCAAUGGCACAACACUCCUGGUGGUUACAGAACCUACGAGAAUAACUUUGGCCCCUUCUAAUAUGGAUGUCUCGGUGGGUGAAAGUAUCAUUUUGCCCUGCCAGGUGAAACAUGACCCUUUGUUAGACAUUAUGUUUACCUGGUACUUCAAUGGGGCCCUCACGGAUUUUAAGAAAGAUGGAUCCCACUUUGAGAAAGUUGGUGGGAGUUCAUCUGGUGAUUUAAUGAUCAGAAACAUUCAGCUGAGGCACAGUGGAAAGUACGUCUGUAUGGUCCAAACUGGGGUAGACAGCGUUUCAUCUGCCGCUGAACUUAUAGUAAGAGGUUCACCUGGACCACCAAAAAAUGUGAAAGUUGAUGAAAUUACAGACACAACAGCCCAACUGUCUUGGAGAGAAGGCAUAGACAAUCACAGCCCAGUCACAUCAUAUGCUAUCCAGGCUAGAACACCUUUCUCCGUGGGCUGGCAAACUGUCACAACAGUGCCUGAGGUCAUCGAUGGGAAAACACACACAGCUACUGUGGUCGAGUUAAAUCCUUGGGUGGAAUAUGAAUUUCGGGUUGUAGCCAGUAACAAAAUCGGAGGUGGAGAACCCAGUUUUCCCUCAGAAAAAGUAAGAACUGAAGAGGCAGUUCCAGAAGUGCCUCCUUCUGAAGUCAAUGGAGGAGGUGGAAGCCGGUCUGAACUGGUGAUAACCUGGGAUCCAGUUCCUGAAGAAUUGCAGAAUGGUGAAGGUUUUGGGUAUGUCGUUGCCUUCCGCCCUCUUGGAAUUACCACCUGGAUACAGACAGUGGUGACAUCUCCUGAUACCCCAAGAUAUGUCUUUAGAAAUGAAAGCAUUGUGCCAUUUUCACCAUAUGAAGUUAAAGUGGGUGUUUAUAAUAACAAAGGUGAAGGACCAUUUAGCCCAGUGACGACAGUGUUCUCUGCAGAAGAAGAGCCCACAGUAGCGCCAUCUCAGGUGUCUGCUCAUAGCCUGUCUUCCUCAGAAAUUGAAGUUGCAUGGAACACGAUUCCGUGGAAGUUAAGCAAUGGUCAUUUACUUGGCUAUGAGGUACGGUACUGGAACAAUGGAGGAGAGGAGGAGUCAUCAAGCAAAGUGAAAGUGGCAGGAAAUGAGACAUCAGCCCGCCUCAGGGGCCUGAAGAGCAACCUGGCGUAUUACACUGCUGUCAGGGCUUACAACAGUGCCGGUGCUGGUCCCUUCAGUGCCACCGUUAAUGCAACCACCAAGAAAACACCUCCCAGUCAGCCUCCCGGAAAUGUUGUGUGGAAUGCAACCGAUUCUAAAGUGUUACUUAACUGGGAGCAAGUGAAAGCAAUGGAGAAUGAAUCUGAAGUCACAGGAUAUAAAGUUUUUUAUAGGACUAGCAGUCAAAACAGUGUGCAAGUGUUGAAUACAAAUAAAACUUCAGCUGAACUUUUGCUGCCCUUUAAGGAAGACUACAUUAUUGAAGUCAAGGCCACAACUGAUGGAGGGGAUGGCACCAGUAGUGAACAGAUCAGGAUUCCAAGGAUUACCAAUAUGGACGCAAGAGGAUCCACUUCAGCCAUCUCGAAUGUCCACCUUAUGUCAAGUUAUAUACCUGUGGCACUGUUCUUUAUUGUAAAUGCCCUGUGGUGAUGUUUAUUCUAUUUUUAUUAUUUACUGGAAUUGGUUACCAAAAAAAGUGCUUUCAUGAAACAGUGAUUGUGCAUGUUUUUUUAACUGUUUCUAACUUUCUACUUCAUUAUAGGUAAAAUAUGAAUAUAAUAAAAAAACGGUUAAUCCUGUUAGAGGAAUCUGAAAUGCCUUAAUAUUUACUUGAUAAGCCAAAGGAAUUUACAUAUUACAUACUGCAAAUUUUUGAUAUCAAUUCUUUACGAGUUUAUGACAAAAACUCGCAUACUCCCACAUAGCCACACACACACACACACACACACACACACACACACACACAUUUUUAAAUAUUGAAAUGUUCUUCAUUUAAUCCAAAUGCUCUUCUCCCAAUAUCACAACAUUAUUUGUAAGACAAUCCAUAUCAUUUUAAAAUGAUGAUUUAAAUCUCCAGGGGUGAAAAUACAUUUAAAUAAUUAUCUUAUUAGAAGGGAAUGGCAUUGUAUUGCUGGAAAAUGCUUUUGGGGAGCUUAGUAGAGUAUGUUUUCUUUAGUGUGCUACUAAAUUAUUGUAAGAAUUUAGAUUCCACUUUGCUCUCUGUACCUCUCAAUCAUUCAUAAGCAAAAUGCAAUGAUAGUAAUAUCUGUCUGAGCUGCCUCUGACCCAUGAAUUAGUUGUUAAAAAUUAAAGGAAAUAUGAAAGUGCUUUGUCAAUCCAAAUGCCAUGUUUCUGUGCAAACCGUUGCAUGGAUUUCCUUAAGCAUACAAGAUUCAUGAAGAUCAGCUGCAUUUCUUAAGCUUUUUCAUAUUUUAAAGUAUAAUUUUGAAAAGAAUUAUUGUCUUCACACCUAAGAUAGCUUUCAGACUUUAAUAAAACCCAGUUGAGAAAAUAAGGAGUAACAUAAAUCUCAACCCAAAUAUUAAGCAAAAUCUACACAGUUCUUUUCUUUUUCUGAUUUCUGGUUCCAUUAAGGGCUGUUUUGGUUGGUGCCGACUUUUUUUUUUUUUUUUUUAAUGAGAGAAAUUCCACUGUAUGUCUCAGUGAGUCAAGCAGGCUUUUCUGUUCCUGAGUUAAACUUAUAACUGAACCAUGAUGCUACUGCUGACUUUGAUAUGUAUGAUUCAGUCUUUGAAGGUGUGGUUUUCAAAGGACUGCCGAAGACAUGAUUUAAUAGCAAUAUGUAAAGAGUACACGAAAAUCGGCUGAUACAGUAUUAGACAUUCAAAAUCAUUUUUUUUUUAUCUUUUCCCUAACAAUUUCACAGUUCCCUGGAACUGGUUCAUAUUUUCAAAGAUAACAGAACUUGGAACCAACAGUUCAACUCCAAAAAAAAAAAAAAAAAAAAAAAAAAAAGAUUAAAAUUAGUGAAAUUUUGAAA